AAUGAUUUUAUAGUAAACAGAGUUCCUUUCUCUCUCCGCCAUUGAUAUCUCUCACACACUAUCACGUGUAUGUAUAUAUGUAGCUGUUGAGUUUGGUUUUCUGUUACCUUUUCCACAUUGAUACUGCAAUUCAACGAGCCUACGUUUCCAGAGGUGAUAUUAUGUAUCUAUCGAAUGAUUUCCAAGGAUGGAGAGAAUGCUGUUUUACGCGGCGUUGUGAUGAUGAUAAUGUGUAGGGAUUGGAGCAUUUUGUGACUGAUUAUGUGUUAUUGAUGAUGAUGAUGAUAUGGCGAUUUUAGGCCAUGUGUGUUUGAAGGUAAAAUUUUGAGUCUGUGUUUGAAGAGGAGGUGAGGUAUGGCUGGAGUUCAGCAACAAUUGCAGCAGAAACCUGAGAGCGCGGCGAGCGAUGCUCACUCUGGAUUCGAGAGGGAUUUGGGGGAUUUUAUGUGCGGGCAUUAUGACGAAUGCAUGUCGUUUGCCUCCUGUAGCUCGCCUAGAACAACAACUACUACCGAGGGUGAGGAGGAUGAGGGGGAGCAACUUGUUAGAAGGAGGAGGAGGUCGGAUAUUGACAGUGAUGAUUUGGGGGAGCCUUCUGCAGUGAGGAGGAGGCAGUCGAGGAUUUUGAGCCGCUGGGCUGCCCGCCAGGCGCAAGAGAUGAUCACCACGAUUGAGAGGAGGAAUCGUGAGUCGGAGUUGAUGGCACUUGCAGGCUUGCACACUGUGUCGAUGCUUGAUUCUUCUUUCUUGAGGGAGUCCCAGUCCCCAACCUCGAGGCAUCAGGGAAAUGUGGAGAGGCUCAGCACUCGUGCCUCGUCUAUUUUGCAGAUGUGGCGUGAGCUGGAAGAGGAGCAUGCGCUUAGUCGUGCCCGGGAGAGAGUGAGAGUGAGGACGAGGUUAAGGCAACAGAGAAAUGUUGAUUCUAAUACAAACAUUUCGGCUCCUAGGCCAGAAAGCAGAGAGAUUGAGAACCAGAGUAGCAUGGGGGGCGCUACUGAGAGUGAGAAUGAUUUUGAGUCUUGGUCUCAGGAUCAAUUGCGCCCACAGAAUGAGAAUAGGGACCACGAUGACUCUAGGCGGGAGCAGUCUCCUGAUCUUGGAGAAGGUGAGAGGGAGAGAGUGAGCCACAUUGUUCGUGGGUGGAUGGAGAGUGGUAUUGGUGACACAUCCUCUAAUCUUGCGCAGAGGGCUGACAGUCCCAGAGCUGAAUGGCUGGGGGAAACUGAGCGAGAGAGAGUCAGAAUCGCAAGGGAGAGGAUGCAAAUGAGAAGUCAGCAAAGAGGUUCUAGAAGGGGACACAGAGAAGAACAAGAUAACAGACCGGGAUCUCAAGUUGAUCGUGUUCGCGAAAGAUCUUUCACCAGUCGUGAUGAAAGUCAGCCUCAGCAUGUUCGAAGGGAGAGGUUGAGGUUGCGAGGAAGAGAGGCUCUGCUUGAUUUGCUUGUAAGAGCUGAAAGGGACAGGCAAAGAGAACUUCAGAGUUUGUUAGAGCAUCGUGCUGUUUCUGAUUUUGCACAUCGAAAUCGUAUUCAGUCAUUGCUGAGAGGUAGAUUCUUAAGAAAUCAAAGGCCAUCUGAGGAAGAGAGACUGCCUUCAGUUGCAUCUAGUGAACUAAAUCAGUUGAGACAGCAACACACAGUCUCUGGCCUGAGGGAAGGGUUCCGCUCCAGAUUGGAGAAUAUCGUGCGUGACCAAGUAAGCAAUCAUCCUGAAACCACAUCUAAUAAUGGAACCAGUGCUUCACAGGAGUUUCAACAUGAUGAUGAAGAAGCUGAUAGUCAACUAUUACCUGAGCAUGACAUGAAUAUGGAAGGCCCUAUAGCUGUCCAAAACCAACAAGUUUCUUCUGAUCUUAUAAGUAAUUGGCAGAGACAUGUUACAGAAGUUGAGAGAGAAAACCACCAACAAUCUGCUGAUAUUAGAUCUAAUGAAGACACAGAUUCGAAUUGGCAGGAGACCGCAGUACCUGCCUGGCCUGCAGAAGCAUCUGCCCCUGAAAAUCAAGGGGAAAAUCAUUUGCAAGAAGCUCCUGAGGCUUGGGGUGGUGUUAGCUCUGGGGAUGCUGUAGAUAAUUGGUCCGAAGAUGCUGCAGUCCCUCCAAGAUUACUUAGUUCAGUUACAUCAACAAGGAACGCUCGGUUCCACCCACCCGAUGAUGAUAGUGAGUAUAGCAUGGAGCUAAGGGAACUCAUGAGCAGGAGGAGUGUCUCGAACCUUCUUCAUAGUGGUUUUCGGGCGAGCUUAGAUCAAUUGAUUCAGUCAUAUGUAGAGAGGCAGGGCAGAGCUCCUAUAGAUUGGGAUCUUCAGAGGAACUUGCCUCUUCCACCGUCGGAUCAAAUCCAACUGAACAAUGAGCAGAAUGAGGACCAACAUGUUGCUAUUGGUAGACCUUCACCAAUAUUACCAACUCCUCCCGUGCCACCAGCACAACCCCUUUGGCAUCAGGAUUUACACCGCUCUGGUUGGUCCCGUCACAAUGUCCAUCGGGCAGAACUUGAUUGGGAGAUGGUUAAUGAUCUGAGGACAGACGUAGCGAAACUUCAGCAAGGUAUGAACCACAUGCAAAGGAUGUUAGAAGCUUGCAUGGACAUGCAACUGGAGCUUCAACGUGCAGUACGACAAGAGGUCUCAGCUGCUCUUAAUCGAUCCUCUAGUGGACAAGUGAGUACUGAAAUAUCAGAUGAUGGAUCUAAAUGGUGCCAUGUUAGAAAAGGCACCUGCUGUGUGUGCUGCGAUAGCCAUAUCGAUUCCUUAUUGUACAGAUGUGGACACAUGUGCACAUGCUCUAAAUGUGCAAACGAGUUGGUCCGGGGAGGAGGAAAAUGUCCGUUGUGUCGAGCACCCAUUGUCGAGGUGGUUAGAGCUUACUCCAUACUCUAAACAGAUAACGAGACGAAUGCAACAAGACGAGCACAACGAUACAUUGAAGCUACUACGUUCUCUGAGUCUUUAUCUGUAAAAUUGAUUGCCACACUGUUUUGCUGAUUAUAAGAGCAGGUUUUUACAUUGUAAAGUCGGAGCUAAAAACGCCAUUAAUUUGAUCCUCAUUCAUUUAUAAAUAAAAUAUCAAUUCUUUUA